AGAGAGAGAGAUUAGGGGAGGGGGUGCGCGGGGAGCUGCUCCUCCGCCCCCUCCCUCGAAAGCGGGCGGGUUCAAAGGCGGCUGGCUGGCUGGCUGGCUAGUCCCAAGCCCCGCGCCCCGCUCCGGGGGCUCCGAGGGCCAACGCCAGACGCGGCGGUGGCGGCAGCGUGCCACCGUCGGAGCUGCUACUACGGCUUGCCGAGGCUGCCUUGCCCUCAUUGAGCCGGCGGCCUCGGCUGCUGCUGCUGCUGCGUUAGUGGGAGAGCGAGAGCGAGCGAGAUUGUGCCGCUGCGACAGGGGAAGACGAGGCAAGGAGCUGGAGGGAGCGCACUGAGCAUGCGCCGCCCGGACCCACUGGCUCCAGCGCCUCCGCCAAGGUACCCUGCUGGAAAAGGAAGAAAUAAAAGCGAGGCAUGAAAAUACCAGCAAAUAGAAAGGAGAUCUGAUAUUUUGAUGGCAUGAUAAAUCAGGAAGCGGAAAAGAGGAUGUACUAUGUGACUAGACAGACACCAGAUCAGAUCUGCUUUUGGAAUAUAUUUUCAGUAAGAUGUAUGGAUCUAUUUUUUCCUUAUACAUAUAUCUAGAUCAUGAGACUUGACUGAGGCAAUAUUCAAAUCAUUCGUCCAUCUAUGGCGAACUACAGCCAUGCAGCUGACAACAUUUUACAAAAUCUCUCCCCUCUAACAGCGUUUUUGAAAUUGACUUCACUGGGUUUCAUCAUAGGAGUCAGUGUGGUGGGGAACCUUCUGAUCUCCAUCUUGCUAGUCAAAGACAAGACCUUGCACAGAGCUCCGUAUUACUUCCUGUUGGAUCUUUGCUGCUCAGACAUCCUCAGAUCUGCAAUUUGCUUCCCAUUUGUUUUCACUUCCGUGAAAAAUGGCUCAUCUUGGACGUACGGGACUCUCACUUGCAAAGUGAUUGCCUUCUUGGGGGUCCUGUCUUGUUUCCACACGGCUUUCAUGCUGUUCUGCAUAAGCGUCACCAGAUACUUAGCUAUUGCCCACCACCGCUUUUAUACAAAAAGGCUGACCUUCUGGACUUGUUUGGCUGUUAUUUGUAUGGUGUGGACCCUCUCCGUCGCUAUGGCUUUCCCUCCGGUGUUGGAUGUGGGCACCUAUUCGUUCAUUAGGGAGGAAGACCAGUGUACCUUUCAGCAUCGCUCCUUCAGAGCCAAUGAUUCUCUGGGAUUUAUGCUGCUCCUCGCCCUUAUCCUUCUAGCCACACAGCUUGUCUACCUCAAGCUGAUCUUUUUCGUUCACGAUCGCAGGAAAAUGAAGCCAGUUCAGUUUGUUGCAGCGGUGAGCCAGAACUGGACGUUUCAUGGUCCAGGAGCCAGUGGUCAAGCAGCUGCAAAUUGGCUGGCUGGAUUCGGAAGGGGUCCCACGCCACCAACCUUGCUGGGGAUCAGGCAAAAUGCCAACACCACAGGGAGGAGGAGGCUGCUCGUCUUGGACGAGUUCAAAAUGGAAAAACGAAUCAGCAGAAUGUUCUAUAUCAUGACAUUCCUCUUCCUAACCUUGUGGGGCCCGUAUUUGGUCGCCUGUUACUGGAGAGUUUUUGCGAGAGGGCCUGUGGUUCCAGGUGGAUUUCUAACGGCUGCUGUUUGGAUGAGUUUUGCCCAAGCUGGAAUCAAUCCUUUUGUCUGCAUUUUCUCCAACAGGGAGCUGAGGCGCUGUUUCAGCACAACCCUUCUUUACUGCAGAAAAUCCAGGUUACCAAGGGAACCUUACUGUGUUAUAUGAGGGAGCAUCUGUAAAAUCUUUAGCCUUGUGAAAACACUACCCUUCUCUGCUAAGCAAUUGUGGCCUGUUGCCAUGUCUGGAGAAGAAAAGGAAAAAAGGGGGGGAGGGGGAAAUCAAACAGGGGCUGUCAGCGGUUGUAAGGAUUUGGGCAACGACGUCCUGCAAUCUUUGCAAUAGCUCAUCUCUAAUCCUAUUUCGAAACCUAAACUUGUUUCUGCUGGCCACUCGCGAAGGUUUGUAAAUUAAGAGUAAAGGACUGAGCCACUGCCCUGAAAUGCUUUGAUGUGGUGGAAAACCUAGAUCGUGAUUCAGAAAGUAGCAGGUGCUAAAUAUAUCAGCGCUCAAUGCUGUAUAUAUCACUACAUAAAAGUAAGACCAUCACAAAAAAGAUUAAAAUUGGACAUCUGAAUCAGUUAAGUUUGACAUGAGGUUAAUGUGUUGAUGAAACUAUUUAAGACACGGGAUGACCUUUAGAUCAUUUCAUACAAUUAUUGUUUUUCAAAUACAAAAAUCUGGGGACUGUGUUAAGUCCUGUAACCAAUGGGAGAUGUGCCAUUUAGUAUUGGAUUAUCACCCCACAUUUGCCUUGUGAUUUCUGGGGAGCAUUACAAAGCAGUUUUGUGUUUUUGGGUUGUGGCUGGGGAGGUUUCCCCCUUGUUUUUUCAACUUGGGUUUUAUUUUUCUCUAAAUACAUUCUUCGUCUUUCACCCACCCACCUGCUGCCAUUCGCCCCCAUCCCCCACGAAACGAAAUACUGGUUUGUUUGUUUGUUUCCAGGCUGAAGUAUUAACUAGCAUAUAAUUGUGUUCUAUGUCUCGUUUUAUUUUUGUUUUGUUUUUUAAAAAAUCACAAUUUGCUAUAAUUUUUAUUGGAUGCAUUUUAUAUUUUCGAAAGCUAGAUAUCAGUCUGUUAGGCAACAUCAAUGAGAUUAUCCAAUCAUGACAAAGGAGUAAUCAUUACGCAGAAUAAACCACAUGUUGCCUUAAAGGGUUAUCUAGUAUCUUCCAUUUUGUUUAGCAUUUUAGAAAUAAGCAAAGAAAGUGAAUCGGUUAACUCCAAUCUGCCAUUUGGGAGUGCAUGAAAGAUCACUUAAAAUCCCUUAUUUCCCUUUUUAUUCUCAUGAUUCCCAAAAUCAGUAUGCUCAUCACUAGGAUUAUAUUCCCCCGCCCUAAGGUAUGUUGCCCAUUCUAGUUUGUUCUGAGAAACACAGGCAGACAAUGUAUGUUUAUAUUUUUAAGACAACUGUCAAGGGGAGACCGCAGCCUUAGUAAGAUAUAUUGCACAAUUUGUGAAGCAUCUAUUCUACUGAAGGCACAGUCUUGUUUAUACUUUCUGCACAUUUUGGUGUAUUGGUUGUUUCAAAUUAUUUCAAUUUUAACUUGUGAAAGCAUAUAAUAUGAUUUCUAGUAUUUUAGAAAAUACAUUAGAGUCUGUGAGUCUUUCCUUCUUUUAGAUACAGAUGUGUGGAUUUCAAUAUAAAGUUGCAUUUGCCAAAAUUUACCUGUGUAGCCUGUUAAUUUUCUUGGAAUAAAAUUUUACAUUUUUCCAGUUAUACAACAAACCUUUUAUUAUGAUUAUUAUUACUAUUAUUUUGUUUAGUGAGCAUGACUUUUUGAGAAUGUAGCCAUUAUGGAUUAUUAUUCUUUGAAGUCACUGUAUUCCCAAACUGUAAAAUGCAUGAAUGAUGGGGACCACAGGAUUGAUAAAUGAUAUUCUCGACAAUAGCACUGUUGUGUAGUUUAUCAUAAUUACCCUGAUACCUAUUUGUCAGUUCUGCUGAGAGGUGCUGUUAAUUUGGGGAUCAUGAUAUUUGAGAUCCAUGGCCCAGGGCUCUACAUUUCACUAUAGCUCUAGAGCAAUCCAUCCCAAAAUACACAAGAGUAGAAUCCAGUUUGUGUUGCUCUAUAGGCAGAAAGUGUUUGUGAGUCGAGAGAGGCUAUUUUCAAGUUUCUUCUUCCCAUUUACAGUCCUUUGCACGCACACACCCAAACAAACAUAUAUAUUCCACAAGGUUGAGAGACCUUUUGGAGUAGAUUUUAUGGUUCUGCAGGAAAGAGGAGGAAUACCUGCCUCCCUGUUUCCCGGUUGAUGUAGUGGCACCAGCCGGGUUUCACUGACAGCUAAACUGCUGUAAGCAUAUAUAGAUAUUCUUAUUAACAACAGAAGUAGUAUUGUUCCUGUAUACUAAUAGAUUUUUUUAAAAAAUGGGUUGAAGAAUUUUGGGAGGGGAGAUGGCAUCUUGAUUCCGCUGGUGUUCACGGCAAGCUUCUUAAUUUAACCCUCAUGUACUUCAUGCUAAUGUUGAUGGGUUCAAAGAUUACAUUUAGCAUGCAGUGUUGGAAGCACUGCAAUAAUCAAUCUUCAUGAAUGCAAAAACAUUUCAGGUCACCAUCCCCAAGAGGCUUGAAAUGAAUUUAAAGUCCCAGGGACCUGCAAUGGUUCCUGAUCCACAAGCUACAGAACAACUGUAGUACUUGGCUAUGCAUCUGAUUUAGUCCCAUGUCAUAAUUCCUAGACAGCUAGGGCCUGCAUCCCUCCCCUUACACAGCUGUAUGGAAAUUUUAGGUUUAUCCCCAUGCGUGUAAGGAUCAUGCAUGUGCCCACACUCUUGAGGAUAUGUGUUGCGCAUUUUCAAGGCCUCCACAUGAUAAAACAGAAACAUGUCCAUGACAGCACGCAUGAUGUUCUGUGUGUUGGCCUGUGGGGUGGUGUUCUACAGCAUAACAGGAAAAACACCCAUGUGUGAAGAGUGAUCCAUAGGAUGUUUUCAGAAUACAGUGGUGCCUCGGUUUAAGUACGCAAUUGGUUCUGGAAGUCUGUACUUAACCUGAAGCGAACUUUCCCAUUGAAAGUAAUGGAAAGUGGAUUAAUCCGUUCCAGACAGGUCCGCGGAGUACUUAACUGAAAGUACUCGAACCGAGGCGUACUUAAACCGAGGUAUGACUGUAUCUAACUAGAAAAAAAGAGAGAGGCCUAAGUAGGGAUGGACAAAUUCAACAAUUUCACUGUAUCUCAGGUCCUCAUUUUCCCAAUCUUAAAUGCAGUUCUCAACAUGAAAUCCUAAUGAAAAAUUCAUUAGCGCUUUAGUGUGAACUUCUCCUAAGGACACAUUUUUGUAUGCAGUUCUGACUAACACACACACCUUUGCAACCAAUUUUCCGUAAUGUCACACAGACAUGUUAUUUCACUAACGUAUGCAUUCUUAGGCCCACUUAUCCCUAUAUAAUGCAUAUAUAUGCAUCUAUAUGCAUCUUUUAGGAGCAUAGACUAUAUUGCUUGGUCAGGAAACUGCAUUGCAAAAUUCAGAUUUUGAAUUUCAAAAGAGAGCUGUGUUUUGUUUUGCAUAUUGGUUCAAGAAGUAUGAAUUAGGCAGUUUCUCUUUAAAAUGCAAACAAAAAUGGAUUUUCCUUCCCAUCCCUAGACCCACCUUGACCACAUACUCAAGCCAAACUCCCAACCAUAGGAUAGCAAAACAAUGUUUAGUUUCAUAUAUGAGAAGUAUUUAGAAUAAAAGAUAUUUUACUAAGACCAUUAGGAUGCAUUGGUAUCUGACUUCUAUACAAUAGUUACUUUCAUAACUUUCAUCACAUAUUUUAAAAACAUCAAUAAAACUGGAAUUCUUAUAGUAGUUGUGCAGAUGCUGAUGUCUCAAAGGCCAGAAACUUUCAAACACUCUUCUUCUCAGUUGAGUUUUGCAAUGGAUUUUUAUUCUGAGAAUUGUUUGUAAGAUGCUUGAAGGACCUCUCAGAGCAAUACAGCAGAUUAUGAGCAUUCUAAAUAAAUAAUACCAUAGACAAUG